AAAGCGCGGGAAAGCGUCGAGUAUCGAUAUUUCGAAAGAGUCGGGCGCGAGGCUAACCUAGAAAUCGAGCGCUGAUUUAAAAUGCGACUUGUUUGUGUGCUGGCUCGGUAACGCGACGUUCCUGUUCUCUGGAAUAAUAAACCAUGUCUGUGCCAAAACAGCAACAGAAUGCUCAUGGGGAGCCCAAAGAGAAGAAAAGGAAGGAAAGUAUUCUCGACCUGUCUAAAUAUUUGGAGAAGAACAUUAGGGUGAAAUUCGCAGGGGGGAGAGAGGCUGCUGGGAUACUGAAGGGAUACGAUCCUCUUUUGAAUCUGGUGCUGGAUAACACCACGGAAUAUCUCAGGGAUCCUGAUGAUCCCUACAAGCUGAAUCAGGACACCCGUAUGUUAGGUCUGGUCGUGUGCAGGGGCACGUCUGUGGUACUUAUUUGUCCAGUGGAUGGAAUGGAGUCCAUUCAGAACCCUUUCAUACAGCAAGAAGGUUAAUCGAAUCCACUCCUCCAUUAAUUAAGGUUUUUAGCAUUUAAAGGAACAUAAUCUUGCGGACACUUGGAUCCACACAACGCAACGGCAGAAAACUUUUUGUAAUGGAAAUGGACGUAAUUUAUUUGACAUGUGAUCUAUGUAAACUUAUACAGUAAAUAGAUAUGUUUUUCUUAGAAGA